UAGAUAGCAGUGAGCUGUUCAGCACCGUGUUUAACCUCUAUCUCAGAUGGAGGCAUCAUUUGAAGGAACCGGGGACAGUGAUGCGCCCCUGGGACAGUAAAGAAAGCAUCUGAAAGUAGCACACUCAAAAACUGGCCCAGCCCACCCCCAGCAGGGCUAUAUUCUCUGCAGCUCUGUUGUGUUUUCAAUCCAGGAGAGUGUGGGCUGCUGCUGGCAGCUACAGGAUGAAGUCGCCUCCCUGCUGCAUGUCUCUUUCUUCCCAAGCAUCCCUGGAGGAACAAGGGAAUAGCACGUCCCUGGGCUCCCUGGACUCCAGUGUUUUCACCAGUGAGGAAGAGCAGGGGCCCUUGCUUCAAAAGGUCAUUCCCUCCUUGGACUGUUUUACUAUCAAUGUAGGAGGCAGCCGCUUUGUGAUGUCCCAGCAAACUUUGUCUUGCUACCCUGACACCCGUCUUGGCAAACUGGCUGUAGUGGUCUCUGCUGCCCGGGAUGUGGCUUCUGGCCUUCUUGAGCUUUGUGAUGAUGCCAACCUAGUGGAGAAUGAAUAUUUCUUUGACCGGAGCUCACAGGCGUUUCACUACAUCCUGAAUUACUACCAGACAGGGAGACUGCAUGUGAUGGAGCAGCUCUGUGCACUCUCCUUCCUGCAAGAGAUCCAGUACUGGGGGCUGGAUGAACUCAGCAUCGAUUGCUGCUCUCGAGACACGUACUUCAGGAGGAAGGAGCUGAGUGAAGCCUUAGACAUCAAGAAAGAUGCAGAAGAACUGGAUGCCCAAGAUGAAGAAGAGGACUUUUCCGGUAGCCUCUGUCCCAAUGUCAGACAGAAGCUUUGGGAAGUUUUGGAAAAGCCUGGCUCUUCUGCAGUGGCCAGGACUUUUGGGACUCUAUCCAUGGCUUUUGUUGUUGUGUCCAUUGCCAACAUGGCUUUGAUUUCAGUAGAGCUAAGCUGGCUGGCACCACCACUCCUGGAUGCCCUAGAGUACCUGUGCAUUGCGUGGUUCACUGUGGAGUUUGUUCUGAGGUUCCUAUGUACACGAGAUCGGUGUCGCUUCCUAAGGAGUGUCGCAAACAUCAUAGACCUCCUUGCUAUUUUACCUUUCUACAUCACCCUGCUAGUAGAGAGUUUGUGUGGUGGGGAGAGCUCGCAAGAACUGGAAAACGUGGGGCGCAUUGUCCAAGUGCUGAGACUGCUCAGAGCUCUGCGGAUGUUGAAGCUGGGAAGACAUUCAACAGGCUUGCGGUCUCUUGGAAUGACUAUUGCACAGUGCUACGAGGAGGUUGGCCUUUUGCUGCUUUUUCUUUCUGUAGGAAUCUCCAUAUUUUCCACUGUGGAGUACUUUGUUGAGCAAGGUGUGCCAGGCACAACUUUCACAAGUGUACCUGGUGCUUGGUGGUGGGCAACAACUUCCAUGACAACUGUCGGUUAUGGUGACAUUCGACCAGACACUACCAUUGGUAAAGUAGUGGCCUUUAUGUGUAUACUAUCAGGAAUAUUGGUUUUGGCUUUGCCAAUAGCUAUAAUAAAUGACCGUUUUUCUGCUUGUUACUUUACACUGAAAAUAAAAGAAGCUGCUCUUCGGCAGCGUGAUGCUUUGAAGAAACUCACAAAGAACUCAUCCAGUGACUCAAAUAUCAAUGUUAAUUUGCGAGAUGUAUAUGCACGCAGUGUCAUGGAUAUGUUACGGUUAAAAAGCAGAGAGAGAACAAGUACAAGGAGCAGUGGAGGAGAUGAUUUUUGGUUUUGACUUUAGGUUAUUUAGCGUUGUAUGGCAAAUAGACUACUUUGAAAAUGUAGUAUUAAGCAUCUCUUUUUUAAUUAUUGUUAUUAUUUGACACACAGUGUAUUUGCUUUUCAAGCUGGAGUUUUACUUACUUUGACAGACUGAGAUAACUAGUAUAUGCAAAAGGCAGAAUUCAAAAUAUGGAAGCUCUCAAGGGGCUCUGAAACCUGCAGGGUUGUCUUUGGAUUUUGUGUUCUUGCUGAUGUAUAAUAAUAAAGUCUUAGCCAAAAAUGUAAUGGUGUUUUGAAUUUUGAAGAAUUUUAAGAUUUGUAUUUGCAGGGGGAAAAUGAAAAUCAAAGCGAUUAAGAAAAUCAGAAAAGAGAAUCUAUUGGAGUAAAAUAUUGAAUAUGUUUAUGUUGACUUUCCUAUUAUGAGAUUCAUCUUGGCCCCCUUUCUUAUCCCCAUCUUCUGCAUUUGCAUGAAAGAGAGGGAGAAUUUCCUCAUUUCAAGAGAAGACACAUAGUGAGUAUCAGAAGAUGGGUGAAAGUAUUAAGCAGAUGCAAGAUCUUCGCAAAGUCUAAAAAUAGUCAUGAUAUAGGUGCCAAAAUUCAGAGCAUCCUCUCUGGUUACUCUAGAAGUUGCAGGGGCUAAUACUACCUUUACAGCAUAAGUCAUCUACAGACUAAAUUUAAACCCAAACCUUCUCCUUGUGGUUUGAUUCUCGUAACUUAUUUGUCUAGCUAAGCAUGCACUCAAUUUUAGAGCAUGUUGAACUUAAAAUCUCAUCUUUAGAACCUGCAGCAUCAGUAAUGAUGGAGGAGAAAAAAUUGUUAAGUAACUUUGUGCUUAAGAAAAGUCAUUGGUGACUAUCAAAAGACGCAGAAAUGGUGAAAGGUUACAGGCUACUGGUUUCUCUGUCUCCAGUGAAAAUCAGUAGAUAAUCAU